AUGACAACUGAUCAAAAGCAUUCAUCUGAUAAUACACUUACUGAGCAAGAAGCUAUCAGACGUACAGAGAAAAUAGCCCAGAUAUUUGAGUUAUAUGAGCAAAAUUCGAAGAUGUAUAAUAUGCUUUUUGGGGAAAUUGAGGUGCUAGCGAAAAAACUAGAUGAUUAUCAUUCUAAGUAUAUCAGCUUAAAAAAGAUGGUAAAAAGACUAGAAAGAGAUGUAGAGUCCCUAGAGACUGAAUUAGAAGAUUUAGAUAACUGUGUAGAUAAGGACACUGUGGUUGACUUAAUACAUGAAAUAGUUCACUUGCUGAUUAAUGAAAAAGGUAAGAGUUCCUCCUAUUCAUCCAAGACUUCUGAAGAAUCUGAUUCAGCUAAAACAUUUAAGGUAAGAGAACGAAAGGCUGUUUCUUAUAAGCAACGAAGAAAGGCACAGCCAAGAAAAAUUAAGAUAAAGAAAACAGUAAACAGUGAUGCUAAAUGUUUACUAUUUUCCUAA